UUUUUUUUUUUUGCUUUUUAAGAAACUUGUAAUAAUUAUGAGCAUAAUUUCCCUUGAAGAAGUUGCAAAACAUAAUGCAAAAGAUGAUAUAUGGAUCAUCAUUCACGGUAAGGUAUAUGACCUUACGCAAUUUCUUCCAGAACAUCCAGGAGGUCAAAAAAUCAUUUUAAAAUAUGCAGGAAAAGAUGCAACAGCAGCAUUUGACCCUAUUCACCCACCUGAUAUUAUUCAACGUUUUUUGGCUCCCGAAGUUUGUAAAGGAUCUGUUGAUUUAGAUGCUCUUUCAAAAAUUCCUCAAGUAGAAACAGACGAAGAUAAAAAGAUUAGAUUAGCUAGAGAAAAAAUCCCAAGAUUAGAUGAAAUGUAUAAUUCUUUUGACUUUGAAACCGUUGCUAGAUCUGUCCUAAAGCCCGAUGCAUGGGCGUAUUACUCUUCUGGUGCAGAUGAUGAAAUAGCUAUGAGAGAAAAUCAUAAUGCUUUUCAUCGAAUUUGGCUGCGUCCUCGUGUUAUGGUUAAUGUAAAGGACGUUGAUCCAUCAACUACUAUGCUUGGCUCACAUACUACUUUCCCCCUCUAUAUUACAGCCACUGCACUUGGUAAAUUAGGUCAUCCUGAAGGUGAAGUUGUAUUAACAAAGGCUGCUUAUAAAAGAGGAUUGAUUCAGAUGAUUCCUACUUUAGCAUCUUGUUCAUUUGAUGAAAUUGUUAAUGCAGCUGGACCCGGUCAAACUCAAUGGCUUCAAUUAUAUGUUAAUGGAAAUCGUGCUGUUACUGAGAAAUUUGUUCGACAUGCUGAAUCGAGAGGCAUCAAAGGUCUUUUCAUUACAGCUGAUGCUCCUCAAUUAGGCCGUCGUGAGAAAGAUAUGAGACAGAAAUAUUUACAAGAAGAUCCUGAAGAGAUAGUACGUAAUGUAACAAAGGUUAAAAGGGAUGAAGGAGCUGCUCGAGCUAUUAGUUCUUUUAUUGAUCCAUCAUUAUGUUGGGACGACAUUGCCUGGUUUAAAAAGAUUACAAAACUACCUAUACUGAUUAAAGGCAUUCAGACAGCUGAGGAUGCAGUUUUAGCCGCUAAAUAUGGAUGUCAAGGAAUUGUAUUAUCUAAUCAUGGUGGUAGACAACUUGAUUUUGCCCCUUCUUCUAUUGAAAUUCUAGCAGAAACUAUGAGUGCCUUAAGAAGAGAAAAUUUAGAUAAAGGAUUCGAAGUUUAUAUUGAUGGUGGUAUUCGUAGAGGUAGUGAUAUCUUCAAAGCUAUUGCUUUAGGUGCAAAAGGUGUUGGAAUUGGAAGACCUUGUCUGUAUGCUAUGUCUUCUUAUGGUGUUGAAGGUGUUGAAAAGCUUUUUCAACUUUUACAGGAUGAAUUUGAAAUGGUAAUGCGACUGAUGGGAGUUACUUCUAUAGCAGAUAUUAAACCAGAAAUGGUCGAUAUUCGUAACAUUAAGGAUCAUUUUGUGUCCAACCCAAUUGAUUAUCUAGCAAACUCCGCCUAUGAGAGAAUGCAGCCUAGAGGGUAUUUGUCAAAAUUGUAAUCUGGUAAAAUAAAGUUAAAUUUUAGAUGUUUUUUCAUACUUUGCGCACCACUUUUUUAUUUUGCGUAUGCUACUUUUUUCUUGAGCUUUAAAUAUAAAAAUAUCUGAUCACGAUAUACCCUCUGGAUACAUGGAUUGCUUCAAUAUUGCUGACAUGAUUCCUAAAGUUUAACAAAUAGAAGUAGAUGGUAAAAUAAAAUCUGUAAAAAAAAAAGAAAAAAAAAGAUGAGCGAGACAUAAAGAGGCUUAUGGAUCUCAGUAAUUUUAAAGCUUCCCGUAAAGGGUCAAAGGAAGCUAUUAUUGUUAUUCAACAAGAAACAAUAACGAUAAGUCAACAAGUAAAAGAUGAAAAAAAAAAAAAAAAAAAAAAAAAAAAA